AUUUUAUUUGUUUCAUCAAUCAUUAAAAAAAACCUAUUAUUUUGAUUAUUAAAAUAGUCGUUAGUGAGAAGCUCUAAUAAUAUGCAGUUAAUCCAUGUGAUCCGUAUCGAAUUUGGUAUCAGCCGGUUUCACUCAGACGAGAGGAAUCAGCAGCAUAAAACCCAAAUAAAAACACCCCUAAUUUGUAUACAAAUAACUUUUUACUAUUCACUAAAUAAUUUCCUCAAAAUUGAUUUUUAAAUACAUGCACGCUGCUUUAAAAUUCAGGUCCCGGACCCUCACCCGUGUGGAGUUCGGCCCUUUAGGGAACCUACCAAUGCCCUGAAAGCUGCCAAAACUGUCCACAGAUCUUUCGGUAAAUUAUGUGAGUUGUUAGAUCAUGUGUUCUAUUCAUGAUGGCUAAAAGAACAAACUGGUGCUGUUGGUGGGCCUUGCCGAGGUUCCUCUGUGCUCCACUGAGUGAUAUUCCACAUUUCCCCAAGUGUAUUGACAUUGACGGAAAUAGUCCCGAAAUCCAUGAAGUUUACAUUGAAACCUGGGAUGACAUACAGAAAUGUUGGGGGUUUUUCCCCACUCUUGUCAGCCUUUGAACUAGCUGUAAAAAUUGGGAGUAAAAAAAAAAAUAUAAUAAUAAUCAAUGGUAUCAGGUCACAAAUCAGCAGAGGUCUUCCAUGCCGGAGUUAAUUGCUCAUCAGCUGCAGGUGUGGGAGUGCACUCCAGAACCGACUCUGCGCAGCCUGACAAUUUAAAGCGACAGACAACCAGAAAGCAACAGGACUGAACUUGCCAGAAUGAAGGAGCAAGCUUGGCACAAGUAGACGCAGAAGAAGGAUCUGCAGACUCCUUGUUUCUUUCCUUUUCUUCACCAUGUCUUUGUCAUUUGUUUCCUGUAUUUCCUUAUCACCUUGUCUCCUUCCUUUCAUGUAAUUGUCUCCUUGCUUGUUUCCUCGUCUUGUCGCCUUUUCUUUCAUCUCACCCCAUCUUUUCCUUCUGCCCUUGUUUCCUGACUGCUUGUCUCCUUUACUCAAAUUCCCUUUUCUUCUCCUCUUCCUCGCGUCCUUUGUCCUUGUCUAGCCUUCCAUGUCAACAAAGCUUCUUUAACUUCUUCCCUCUCCUCAUUUCCUUUCCUUGUCUCCUUUUCCUCCCGCCUUUUUGCCUUCUCUUUCUUUCCUCAUCUCCUUUCCUUUCCUCGCGUCUCGUUCCUUCUCCUCAUUGAACUUCACCCUUUGCCUCAUCUUACCUUAUACCCCAUCUCCUUUUACUUUCCUUGUCUCUUCAUCUCCUCUUGGCCCUAUUGACGGUCUUCCCUGCAAACACAGCUCCUUAAACUUCAGCCCACCUUCCUUCCCACCUUGUCUCCUUCCUUUUCUUCCACUUGUUCCUCUCCUCCCUCCUUGCCUCCUCGUCGGUUGCCCUCGCUUGUAAACAAAGCCCUUCAUCCUUCUCCUGCAUUCAUCCCCAUGAGGUCACGCGCUGCGUGUGCGGAGAAAGAGAGAGAGAGAGAGAGAGAAAGGGGGGGAGGCGGGGAGUGCCGGUCGCGCCGAGGCGGGACGUGUUGGUGCUGGUGAUGAUGAUGCUUGCCCUUCCUCAGCGGUGGUGCACAUGUCGUCGGGUGCACAUCCUUCUGCGCCUUCUUCAUCACCACCACAAUCAUCAUCAUCAUCAUAACCAUCACCUUCACGGGGAGAACACAAGAAAUAACUGCAGCGGAAUGCCUACUCGGACUGUUUCCAGGACCCGCCCGAAGUAACCAUUACAGACGCUUCCAACAGCAACACAAACAACACUCUGAGCGUUGCCGUGUUCCAGAGCGCAAAUUGUGAUCCAUAAUCAUCAGAGCUCUAAGGGCAGCUGAAGCCUCGUGCCCCUCAUGAGUUUGAAUCUGGUCGACUAGUGUCUCUGCCUGCAGCCUUCCUUCGUGUGUCAUCCAGGGAGUGCCACCAUGUUUCGCCUUGCCUUAUCCGCCCCCCUCCUCCUCCUCUUCGCGAUCCUCUUCCUCUCCUUGGUGCCACUCUGCCAGUCUGAGUCCCAGCGUGGGACGGCGGUCUCAGCCUCCAUUCUGCCCUCUUCCCUGCCUUCCGCCGGGUCAUAUGGAAACAGCAGUGUGCCAGCCGUGGGCAAGUGUGACGUUGUGACGGUGUGCAAGCCGGGCAUCCUGCUGCCUGUCUGGAGGCCCAACAGGCCAGGCCUCGGGGAGCAGAUCGCCCGGGCAGUGGUUUACUUUGUGUCCCUCAUGUACAUGUUCCUGGGUGUCUCCAUCAUCGCCGACCGCUUCAUGGCGUCCAUCGAGGUCAUUACAUCACAGGAGAAGGAGGUGACCAUCACCAUGCCAAACGGAGAAACAUCAGUGGCAACAGUUCGAAUCUGGAACGAAACAGUGUCAAAUCUGACCCUAAUGGCUCUGGGCUCCAGUGCACCCGAGAUCCUGCUGUCAGUCAUAGAGGUUUGCGGUCACGAAUUCAAUGCGGGCGAGUUGGGACCAGGCACCAUCGUGGGCAGUGCCGCCUUCAACAUGUUUGUGAUCAUUGGCAUUUGCGUGUGGACCAUCCCCCAGGGCCAGGUGCGCAAGAUCAAACAUCUGCGGGUUUUCUUCAUCACCGCCUUCUGGAGCAUCUUCGCCUACAUCUGGCUCUACCUCAUCCUGUCCGUCAUGUCGCCUGGCGUGGUCGAGGUGUGGGAGGCCUUGGUGACUCUCCUGUACUUCCCAGUGUGCGUCAUCCUGGCCUGGAUCGCCGAUCGCCGCCUGCUCUUCUACAAAUACAUGGGCAAGCGCUACCGUGCCGACAAACGCCACGGCAUCGUCGUGGAGAUGGAAGGAGACCUUACGCCCAAUAAGGGUGGCAUGGAGAUGAUCACGGAUGGCAAGUUCCCGCCACGUGGGGCUGCCGUAGUCCCUGCCGAGAAUUGCAGUGGAGAUGGUGCAGCGGCCAAUAACGUGGGCGCGGCGAUGGCCCGGUCCACGUCCAGGGGCGCUGGGGGCAUGCUGCCCAAUUCCAACAGCGCCUUGGUCAAUAUGGAGACCAGUCGGGAGCUGGAUGAGAGCCGAAAGGAGGUCAUUCGUAUCCUGAAGGAGCUGAAGCAAAAGUAUCCUGACAAAGAGCUGGAUCAGCUGAUGGAGCUGGCUAACUACUACGCCCUGCUGCACCAGCAGAAGAGCCGAGCUUUCUACCGUAUACAGGCAACGCGUAUGAUGAUCGGAGCCGGUAACGUUCUGAAGAAGCAUGCUGCCGACCACGCUCGCCGCGCUGCGGCCACCGAAGAGGAAGUGCCGGAAGACGACGACGACCUGGCCAUGUGCAGCCGCAUCUCCUUUGAAAGUGCUCACAGCCAGUGCAUGGAGAACUGCGGGAUCCUUACACUGGCUGUCAUAUGUCAAGGGGGCAUGGGUGAGAACACCUUCUACGUAGACUACAGGACCGAAGACGGCUCAGCCAACGCCGGUUCUGAUUACGAGUACAGUGAAGGAACACUGGUGUUCAAACCUGGAGAGACUCGCAAGGAAAUUAAGGUCGGCAUCAUCGACGACGACAUCUUUGAGGAGGAUGAGCACUUUUUCGUGCGGCUGCUCAACCUGCGGGUGGGCGACGCUGAGGGCAUGUUUGAAAGCGAUGAAGCGGGCGCCGUGCCCAAGGGCCAACUGGUGGAGCCCCUGGUGGCCACCGUGACCAUUCUGGAUGACGACCACGCAGGCAUCUUCACUUUCGGCGAGCGCAUGAUGCGCAUCAGCGAGAGCAUGGGUACCAUGGAAGUGACGGUGGUGCGAAACUCGGGCGCCCGCGGCACUGUCAUCCUGCCGUAUCACACCGAGUCGGGCACCGCCAAGGCGGGCGAGGACUACGAGGAAGCACAGGGCGAGCUGGAGUUCACCAAUGACCAGACAACUCAAACGCUCCACGUGAGGAUAAUUGAUGAUGAAGAAUACGAAAAACGUGAAAACUUCUUUAUCGUCUUGGAGGAGCCACGCUGGCUGAAAAGAGGAAUUUCAGCUCUGCUACUCAGCCAAGAGGGGUCUGAGGGCCAGCUGAGCGCCGAGGAGGAGGAGGCCCGAAGGAUUGCCGAGAUGGGCAAGCCCAUCCUGGGGGAGCACAGCCGGCUGGAAGUGGUCAUCGAGGAGUCCUAUGAGUUCAAGAGCACGGUUGACAAGCUCAUUAAGAAGACCAACUUGGCACUGGUCAUUGGCACACACUCCUGGAGAGAGCAAUUUGUGGAGGCUGUCACUGUGAGCGCAGGUGACGAUGACGAGGAAGAAGGCCGCGAGGAGCAUCUCCCCUCCUGCUAUGACUAUGUCAUGCACUUUCUCACCGUCUUCUGGAAGGUUCUAUUCGCCUGCGUGCCACCUACCGAGUACUGGAACGGCUGGGCCUGCUUCAUUGUUUCCAUCAGCGUCAUCGGCCUGCUCACUGCCAUAAUCGGGGAUCUGGCGUCGCACUUCGGCUGCACAGUGGGACUGCGAGACUCGGUGACCGCCGUCGUUUUUGUGGCCCUGGGAACAUCCAUUCCUGACACGUUUGCCAGCAAAGUGGCCGCCAUCCAGGACCAGCACGCAGAUGCCUCAGUGGGCAACGUGACGGGGAGCAACGCCGUCAACGUCUUCCUGGGGAUCGGCGUGGCCUGGUCGGUGGCCGCCAUCUACUGGAAGAUCGAGGGCAAAGAGUUCAAAGUGAAGCCAGGUUCACUGGCCUUCUCCGUCACGCUCUUCACCAUCUUUGCGUUCAUCUGUAUGGGCGUGCUACUGUUCCGGCGCCGGCCCAGCAUCGGAGGCGAGCUGGGGGGGUCUCGACUAUCCCGUAUCCUCACAAGUCUACUGUUCCUGGGCCUGUGGUUCCUCUACAUCCUUUUUUCCAGCCUGGAGGCCUACUGCCACAUACCGGGUUUCUAAGAUGGUUACACAUGCAAUACACAUUUAAACACACUACAGGUCUUAAGCAGGGGUUCUCAAACCUCUUGGGUCCGUGGAGAAUAUUUCCAAGAAGCCCCUCAUAAUAAUGUCACUUUCCAAUUCAACAAACUAUAAUUUUUGUAUUUAUUUAUGUACCCCUAAAUGUCGAGGAAAUAUGUGGGGUUUUUUUUAAUGAGAAAUAGGUUGCAAUGGCAUGAAAAUUAAGUUGCAUUUUUCCAGAACAAUCUUCACAAGAACAAAGGCGGAUUUUGUAGGGAAGAAAAAUCGUAAUCACACAUGAAUAAAGUUGUAUUUAUCCAACAACCAGUUUAACCGGGGAAGAAAGUCAGUGAUAUGUUAAAUAAUUAAAUAAUUUACAAGUUAGUGAAUUUCUAAAAUAUGUUAGUCUCGCAAUAUUAUGCCCUUUUUUUUCCCUGUAAAACAUUUUUGAAUUGUCUGAAUAUUUCACCCACCACCAACAACUCCCCAAAAGAGAUUUUUUUGGGGAAAAUGUGCAUUUUGCUCUUUUAAAAAAACUUUAUUAAUGCAGGUAUGUAUGAUUUAUGGUGACACAUCGUAAUCAUAUCGGAGCCUUUAAAUA